AUGGCGACUCUUCCCACAGAAAUGAAGGCUCUCAGAUAUGAGAAGCCCGAAGAUUUCUCCAUCGUGACCGUCCCGCUCCCUGAAAUGCGGGACAAUGACGUCCUCGUUCAAGUCAAGGCCUGCGGUCAUAUCCAUGAGGGUGAAUUCAUUGCCAAGUUCCCCUUGAUUCCUGGUCACGAGACCGUCGGUGUCGUCGCCGCCGUUGGCAAGAACGUCAAUGGAUUCGCUAUUGGCGACCGUGUCGCUGCCGACAACAGUGAGCUUUGCAAUGAGUGCUUCUACUGCCGAAGAGGCCAGCCUCUUCUCUGCGAGAACUUCAACGCCCACGGUGUAACAAUGAACGGUGGCUUCGCCGAGUACUGUGCCUAUCCCGCGGCCAAGGUCUUCAAGAUUCAUAACCUCUCCUGGGUCGAUGCUACUCUUCUUGAGCCCGCCUCCUGUGCUUGCCACGGUCUUGAGAAGAUCCGACCUAAGCUGGGCUCCCACGUUCUCAUGUUCGGUGCUGGCCCUACUGGUCUGAUGCUUGCUCAGCUUCUCCGACAAAACGGUGGCUGCAAGGUCACCGUUGCUGCGCCCGGUGGUUUGAAGAUGGAACUGGCCAAGAGCCUCGAGGCUGCUGACCAGUACAUCGAGCUUUCGCGAUCCAAUCCUGAUGAGCAGUUUGCUCAGCUCAAGAAGGAGAACCCCUAUGGCUUUGACAUCGUUGUUGAGGCUACCGGCUCCGUCAGAAUCCUCGAGGACUCCAUCAACUAUGUCCGACGUGGUGGUACUCUGGUCGUCUACGGCGUGUACGCCAACGCCGACCGUGUCUCUUGGCCCCCAUCCAAGAUCUUUGGUGAUGAGAUCACAAUUCUGGGCUCGUUCUCCGAGACCUACAUGUUCCCCGCCACCAUUGACUACCUCGACUCUGGCAAGGUAAAGACAAAGGGCAUCGUCAACAAGACCUUUAAGCUCGAGCAGUUCGGUGAGGCUCUUGAGAGCAUCAAGAACAAGUCCGCCAUCAAGGCUGCCAUCGUCUUUGACGAUGAGGAGCCCGAGGUCACCCCCGAGGAGGUCGAGGUUGCCGAGUCCACAAAGGCUGAGGCUGGUGACGAGCCUGAGGCUGUUGAGCCCGAGCCCGUCGAGGCUGAGAAGCCCGAAGAGGAGAAGGUCGAGAAGCCCGAGGUCGAGGAGAAGGCUGAGGAGAAGACAGAGGCAAGCGAAAAGCCCGAGGUUGAAGAGAAGAAGCCCGAAGAAGAGGAAAAGAAGCCCGAGACAUCCUCGUAA